UCUCUGCUCUGAAACAGUUCCUUAUUCUCACAAGCCAGCUUCACUUAAUAAUAGUUAAAGCAACUAUAUAUCUUUAAUUUGCAGCUUCUUAGUUGAGCAAAAGUUUUCAAGCAAUGGCGAGUCUUCCGCUAUGGGGGCGAGUUAAUGGAUUUAAUAAUCAAGAAGGAGAAUGUGUUUAUGGGAGCAAGAAUCUUGCAAGGAAGUUGCUUCUUCAUCCUCCUAACUUCAGAUCUUCUUCCACUCAUGAUAAUCUUCUUCAGGGUGAGAAUUUGGAUCAUCAAAACCAUACAAAUUCAGAAACAGACAAUGUGAAGGAGCAAUCCAUGAUAGUGAAUGGCACAUCUCAUGCAUUUCGUGGUUGGUAUGCUGAUGGACCCUGGCAAGGUGAAGCACACUUGUAUAAAAUGGAAAAGGUGAUAUUUGAAGGGAAAUCUGAAUUUCAAGAGCUUCUUGUAUUUGAGUCAGCAGGACAUGGCAAGGUUGCAAUUCUGAAUGGAUAUCUCCAACUGACAGAGAAGGAUGAGUUUGCUUACCAAGAGAUGCUCACUCACCUUGCUCUCUGUUCCAUUCCAAAUCCUAAAAAGGUGUUGCUAGUAGGAGGGGGAGAUGGUGGUAUUCUUCGAGAGAUAUCUCGCCAUUCCUCGGUGGAGCAUAUUGACAUAUGUGAAAUGGACACCAUGAUCAUUGAUGUUUAUAAGCAAUUCUUCCCUGAUAUAGCUGUUGGUUAUAAGGAUCCUCGAGUGCAUGUUCACAUUGCCGAAGGUAUUGGGUUCAUCAAAUCAGUUCCUGAAGGGACCUAUGAUGUGAUCAUAUUGGAUGCUUUCAAUUCAAUGGGACCAUCUGCAAAGGUGUUGUCAAAGAAAAGCUUCUUAGAAACAGUAGCAAAGGGUCUAAGAGCAGGAGGAGUGAUGUCUGCUCCUGCAGAUAGCUUGUGGCGUAAAGGAUUUGUGGUUGCAGAUACCAUCGCACUUUGCAAGAAAAUAUUCAAAGGCUCAGUCAAUUAUGCUUGGACAACCAUUCCUGCAUAUCCCAGUGGAGCGAUAGGAUUCAUGCUAUGCUCCACUGAGGGGCCAGAAGUGAACUUUAAAAUUCCAGUUAAUCCAUUGAAUCCAAAGAAAAAUGGGGUGGCAAAGGGGCCUACUAAAUUUUACAACAAUGAGAUCCAUGCUGCUGCUUUCUGUCUUCCUUCUUUUGCAAUAAAGGCUACGGA